GAAGUGGAAGUGAAGGACUGAUGUGUGUGUCUGGAGGAAUCUGUCGGUAACGUUUGUGUGUAGCGGUGGAUUGGAGGUUUAGAAAAUGGACACGUUAAACAAACUGAAGCAGUUUGACGCUUAUCCCAAAACUCUGGAGGAUUUCCGAGUGAAGACGUGGGGAGGAGCGACCGUGACCAUCAUCAGUGGUGUCAUCAUGUUAAUCCUGUUUGUCUCUGAGCUGCAGUACUAUCUUACUAAAGAGGUCCAUCCUGAGCUGUACGUCGACACGUCGCGGGGAGACAAACUCAAAAUCAACAUUGAUGUUAUUUUCCCUCACAUGCCGUGCGCCUAUCUCAGUAUAGACGCGAUGGACGUGGCUGGUGAGCAGCAGCUGGAUGUUGAACACAAUCUGUUCAAACAGCGGCUGGAUAAAGACCUCAAACCCGUCACGCAGGAGGCAGAAAAACACGAGCUCGGUAAGGCCGAUGAUGGUGAAGUGUUUGACCCCAGCACACUGGACCCGAACCGAUGUGAGAGCUGCUACGGAGCUGAGACCGAAGAUCUGAAAUGCUGCAACACCUGUGAUGAUGUGCGGGAAGCGUACCGGCGGCGGGGCUGGGCCUUUAAGAGCGCCGAUACCAUCGAGCAGUGUAAAAGAGAAGGUUUCACUCAGAAGAUGCAGGAGCAGAAGAAUGAAGGCUGUCAGGUUUACGGCUUCCUGGAAGUCAACAAGGUGGCAGGAAAUUUCCACUUCGCUCCAGGAAAAAGUUUCCAGCAGUCUCACGUCCACGUGCACGCUGUGGAAAUACACGACCUGCAGAGUUUCGGUUUGGACAACAUAAACAUGACCCAUCUGAUAAAACACCUGUCGUUCGGGAAAGAUUACCCCGGCCUCGUUAACCCUCUGGAUGGGACUGACGUCGCAGCGCCACAAGCGUCGAUGAUGUACCAGUAUUUCGUGAAAAUCGUUCCCACCAUCUACGUGAAAACUGACGGCGAUGUGGUGAAAACAAACCAGUUCUCGGUCACCAGGCACGAAAAGGUGGCCAACGGGCUGAUAGGAGACCAGGGGCUGCCGGGGGUCUUUGUUUUAUACGAGCUGUCGCCCAUGAUGGUUAAAUUCACAGAGAAACACAGAUCAUUCACACACUUCCUAACAGGAGUUUGUGCCAUUAUUGGAGGUGUAUUCACAGUGGCCGGUCUGAUCGACUCGCUCAUCUACCAUUCGGCUCGUGCCAUCCAGAAGAAGAUAGAGCUGGGAAAGACAUCCUAACGGCGCCCCCCACUGGCCUCCACGGUGCAACACAGACCAAGACACUGACAGCCAGGAGGACAGAGAGCAGACGGGCAGCUCUCCACCUCUCUGUCUGUGGUUACACUGAGGGGGAGGAAUCCAGAGAGAGGCGGAGCUUUUAAACCAUCCAGGUGUGAAAUUUCUCCGCCUCUCUUUUUGUUCUCGAAACGCUCCGGAGAGGAACCCGGAAGCCUUUUUGGAGUUUCCUCUCCACACUAAAUUUGAUGCCAACAGGACAGAGACAGAAGCAGACGCUGAUUUUUCUGUGAUGGAUUACAAGCACAGCAGCAGAUACACACCCAGCCGCUGGGGGGGGGGACUGGACUUCCCCCAUCCUGUUCCUGCAGCGCACCGGUCCACACUCAGAUCACUACACUGAAUGUCUGUCAGAGGAUCUGCUUCACUUCUGAUGGAUGAAAUCUGUAGAACUCGAAGGCUCGACAGGCCUUAAAAUCAUGCUCAUGAGAAGGAUGUUUGUGAGAUUACAAAAUCAUUGUUUUGGUUGUGUUUGUGAUAUUUUAUAUUCCUACAAAUCCCACGAAAAGAGCAAAACCAGCCGUGCGCUGUUUCUGCCAAAUGCAUGGUUUGAAUAAUAGCUGUGAACAAAAGUAAUGAAACUACAGUAAUUUUUUUGGCUGGUUUUGGUCUUUUCAAACUGGAUUUGUUGACAACAAAAAUAGUGAAUAUUGCCAAGUCUGCAAAAACCACACGUUCCCUUUAUGUCUGUUUCUAUACGAGUGAGACGUUCAGUGUUUAAAUAUUGCUACAGUGUAACUGCAUUCCCCAGAAAAAGCAGCUCCUUCCCAGUGUGUCAGUCCCAGUUUUGGUAACAAGACGGCUCAAAUGUUAGUUUCAGUAAUUUCUCUCGGCCUUGUGAACAAAUACGCUGAGAUUUUCUCCCAGUGGGCUCCAUCAGAGGUCCCACUGAUACUGUGACCAGAUCACGAGCCAAGUGGGACCUGAAGGAGUAAAACAAGUGAAAUCUGAACAGCUCGGGCUGCGAGUCGCUGAGAGAAAGAGAACCUCUGUCAAAUCACAGCAUUAUUUAAUAUUCCCACAUGAUUUAAAGACAGAUGCCAGCGGAGGCUGACACGGUCUCCAGUAAAAACCGCUGAAACUGCCUCUUAUUGUUUUUCUCAUGUCAGCGUCUUCUGUCAUAACUCCUCAUGCACAGGAAUGAAAUGAAUAAAUCCACAGAUGCGUGCAGUGAUUAAAAUGGUUACAAUGUUGCAAAUAUUUGUAACUUUUGAUGCCUCAAAACGAUUACUGGAAGUUGCAGAAAAGCCAUUCAUUUUAAAAAAUCGUACAUAUGGCAGCUGAAAAACUGAUUUUAGGAGUGAAUAAAAUCAGGAGGAUUGGAAGCUCGGCGUUCCCAUCUGUCCGAACUUCAUCGGGUUUCCGCGCAUCAUCCAAAUCUGAGGACUUACUAGACUGACGUUAAACGUGAGGAUGUAACUUUUCUGUGACUCGCUGGGUUUGAGAGAACAUAUGAAGAUGAAUCACUGCAGCUCCCUGUGGUUAUAAUGACGCGCCCGUGUCCCCCCACGCCGAAGGUUUUAGUCAUUUAAUUUUUCCCCCUAAACUCAGUUUUCUACAUGGUUGCCUACAGAAAAUAGUUUUCCUUCAGUUAUGGUUAGAGAGGAAGUUGCGUCCCCAGAGGACGAGAUAACCCCUGACCUUUCCCAUAAUGUGAUUUGGAAAUGAGCUCGCUCCUGUGAUUUUACCUCUUUUUGUUGCUGUGUUCAGGAUGUGUGUGAACGCGUUCACCCCCUGCCUCAGCGAAGGGAGGCACACAACUCAACACUUGAGAUAUUCUGUAGAACAGGUGUGCUUUCUCUCUCUUCAUUCAGGGGCAACUGUUUUUUCCUGUUUGUGUGAAACGCGGAUGUUAAAACUUUGGCACGGCCACAGUAGCUUCGGAUGACGAUGCUUCCCGCUCACCCCCGAAUCCUGACUGUUAUUCUCAUCCAGAAGUGAAUGAGAGGCUCGGCAAGCGGCUUCAAACCACAAGAAGCGAGCGCGUGAGCGCCGGGCUGAGUCUGACUUUGCUCCUGACUCACACAUGGAGUCAGCGUGUGCUGUCCAGAUGUUUCUGCCCUCCUGGUUUAUUCUGAUGAUCAGACUGAACCUAAUUUGGGUUUGAAGAGAAUCUCUCUGCUGCUGUUUCACAUCAUUCACAUCAUACCGGGCUGAACAGCUCCAAAAACAUGCUGCGAGCUUUUUUAAGCCUCGAGUUGAGGUUUUAGUUCAGCAUUUUUUUGGGGGGAGAUCCUCCUGCAGUCUUACAGUCGGCCUUCUUUGGAUUUAGAGCUGGGAAUCGGAAGCUCGCCCUCCCGCUGUGUUUAAGAACAACUGGAAAUCCUCAAAAUUCAGUUUUCCAUAAACAAAUGAAGUGUUGGCCAGACAGUUCGCACCAAAGUCAUUAUUAGAUUUCCUCCCAGUGUUGAUGUUUAUUGUGUUUCACAGAUUUUACUCACUCGGAGCUCAUUAAACAGUCGGAGCUUGCAGCUCGGGACCAAACAUCCUUUUAGAUAUGGUUUGAGUUAGACCCACCUUCUGUUUAACUGAUCCGACAUAUCGAAUCCUGAUGGUCUGAGGAGGAUGGGAAGUAGGAGGUGAAUCUGUGACUGAAGCUCGUGUCAGUGCGGCAGGUCCUGUGUUAACGCUGCGCGCUCUGAGGGUCGCAGUCUGUCUUCUCUCUGUGUUUCAAAGCUCCUGAAAUCUGCUGGAUCAUUAAAACUCCCAGUGAUUCUUGAUGGCUGGUUGUUGCACCGUUUAAGAUCUAAAUCAGGGGGCAGGGGUGUGUGUGUGUGUGUGUGUGUGUGAGAGAGAGAGAGAGAGAGUGAGUGACAGAGAGAAAUGUAUUUAUAUUUUGAUUGUCUUUAAAACAGUUUUUAA